AUGGAAACUCAAACUUGGAUUCAAAUUUCAGCAGACUCUGAUUUUUCAUACCACAACAUUCCUUUUGGUGUCUUCUCAACUGCAUGCAACAAAGAAGACGCUAGACCAGCUACUAGAGUUGGCGACUUCAUUAUUGAUUUAAGAGAAGCUGAAAGAUAGGGAUUGUUAAAUGGUGAACUCUUUUCUAAAUUGAGCCACAAGGUCUUUUAAGGAAAAACCCUUAACAGUUUCAUGGAAUUAACUCGUCCUCAUUGGUAAGAAGUCAGACGUACUAUACAAAGUCUCUUACACGUAGGUUCUGCUCUUGAUACCAACAAAGAACUCCAAUCUAAAGUUGUUAUCCCAUACACUGAUAAGAUUAUUCUUCAUCUUCCUGCUCAAAUUGGAGACUAUACCGACUUUUACUCUUCCUAUACUCAUGCUUAUAAUGUCGGUGUUAUGUUUAGAGGAAAGGAUAAUGCUAUCCAACCCAACUGGCUCCACAUACCCAUUGGCUAUCAUGGAAGAGCCUCAACUGUUGUUGUUUCUGGAACUGAUAUUCAUCGUCCUAGAGGUUAGGCAAAGCCUCCUACUGCUGAAAAACCUAUUUUCACUGAAUGCAAGAGACUUGAUUACGAAUUGGAAGUUGCUGCCUUUGUAGGUGGACCUGCCAAUAAGAUGGGUGAACCAGUUAAAGUUGAUUCUGCUGAAGAUAGAGUUUUCGGUUUUGUUUUGAUGAAUGACUGGAGUGCUAGAGAUCACUAAGCUUGGGAAUAUGUUCCUUUAGGUCCUUUCAAUGGCAAGAAUUUUGGUACUACUAUUUCUCCUUGGAUUGUUACUUUGGAUGCUUUAGAAAUGUUCAGAGUUGAUUUGGAACCUUAAAACCCUGAACCUCUUCCUUAUUUAAAAGAAAAGAGACACACUUCUUGGGACAUAAAUUUAGAAGUAUACUUACAUGCUGACGGAAAUACUAAGGCCGACAUUCUUACAAAAUCAAAUUAUAAAUAUAUGUACUGGAAUAUCGCCUAAUAAUUAACUCAUCACAGCGUCGGUGGUUGUAUUCUUAAUGCAGGAGAUCUCUUAGCUUCAGGAACUAUUUCUGGUCCUUAAAAGCAUGAAUUCGGUUCAAUGUUGGAACUCUCUUGGUAAGGUACUGAGAAAAUUGCUCUUUCUGAAGGAAAAGAGAGAACCUUCAUCUAAGAUAAUGAUUAAAUUAUUAUGAAAGGUUUUGCUGAAAAGAAUGGAAUCAGAGUUGGAUUUGGUGAAUGUGCUGGCAAAGUUCUUCCUGCUUUACCUGAAAAUAAAUAUUAUUGA